AUGUUCGUUUGUGACGUGAAUGGAAAGGCAGUGGCGGUGCCUUGCAAUGCCGAGAAGAUUUUGGUAGUGGACCCGUCAAAGGGUGAGGCUUCGGCCAUCGACAUUCCGACUGGCAUUGAUGCAAGAAGGGAUUCCAAGUUUUGCUGCGCUUGCUUUGUGAAUGGCAAGGCAGUGGCGGUACCAUUCAAUGCUGAAAAGAUCUUGGUAGUGGACCCUGCAGCAGGCCAGGCUUCGACCAUCGACCUUCCCAAGAUCCUUGACACACAAACUUCGGCCAAAUUCUGCUCCGUGUGUAAGGUGAAUGGCAAGGCAACGGCGGUGCCCCAGGACUCCACGAGGAUUUUGGUGGUGGACCCUUCGACUGGCGAGGCUUCGGCCAUCGACCUCCCUGCGGGCAUUGACUCAAGAAAGGUUUCCAAGUUUGGCUCCGUCUGCAACGUGAAUGGCAAGGCAGUGGCAGUGCCGCAGGAAGCUGAGAAGAUACUGCUCGUGGACGUGGCGGGCUCUGGUGAGCGUACCCGUAGCCUCGACCUGACCCUGCACAACACCGAGGUGCCAUGGAAGGCCGAGUUUGCUGAGAUGGUGGCGGCGGUGCUUAGCUACUGGAUCUACACCGAUGACCCGAAGCCCCCACACCUCCAGCAUGCAGCCAUGACAGUCCACCGGGUGACUCAGCCUGGCGAGUUCGGCUCGGCGGUAAAGAUCGCAACUGUCACCGCUGAACUGCCAUCCGAAAAGGUGCUGUAUGUCGUCUUCAAGGGCACUUCGUACAUUCUGGACUUCCUGAAUUGGAACCUUGAGCUGGACCACGCCACUACCGAAGAUACCGACUUCUUCAUCCACGGUGGAGCUGCUGGAACACUUCGCGGAGCGCAGUUCUGGAAGGAGCGUGACUUCUUGGAGCGGCUGGCUUCCGCGAAGGCGCAGGGGGUUCAGAAGAUUGUGUUCACCGGCCAUUCCCUUGGAGGGAUGUAUGCCGCAGCGCUGCUGUACGUGGCCUGGAAGAAGAUCACAGGUGGUCCCUCAGACGGCCAGCAGCUUCUGAAGUCCUUCGAUGUGCGUUGCGUCACCUUCGGCUCCCCGAUGGUCUUUGGGGGCGGGUCCCAAGGAUCCAAGCAAGCAAAAAGCUUCCAGGAGUUCGCCCAGGAGCGUGCCGCGAACUACAUCCACGCCAACGACCCCUGCCCUCGGGCCUGGGGCGCUUUGGAUCUGCGUCAGUUUGUGGAAGCUGCGGCCCGGAACGUGCAGAACGGAUUGGUCGAUGAGCUUGGCUGCAUCAAGGGACAAGUUGUGUCCAAAGUCGUGGAAGAGGCGGCUCGGCAGGUGUUGCAGAGACCGGAUUUCAACCUCCUUGAAGACUUUGGCAGAAAGUACCAACAUUUCAUCCCGCUAAAGGUAUUGACUGGCACUAAGCAGUUCGUGAACUGGAAAGAGUUCCAGCUGACCCCAGACUGCUUGAAGGACCACUCCGUACAAUCUUACGUGAAUCGGCUUUUUGACGCUUUUGACGACUGUCGCCCGGACUGCCACGUGCAUAGCCAGCUGCCCUAA